AGGUAGACUUGACUAGUCCAAGUUAAUCAGGGUCUCUGUUUUAUUCAGAGCCCAAAAAGUACUAAAGAUGAAGCCGAUGAUGGAAAACAUUGUUCUUUAUUUGAUCUCAAUUAUUCUAUCAGCAGUUUUGGUUAAUGCUGAGUCCCCGCCCCAACUCUUAGACUGGACUGUUUCAUUUUCACCACGCGCUCCUCUUGGGAUUCCCAAACAGGUGAUUGUGAUCAAUGAUCAGUUCCCUGGGCCGCUGUUGAACACGACGACGAACGAAGUUGUGAAUGUUAAUGUUCGGAACAAUUUGACUGAACCCUUUCUAAUCACAUGGAAUGGAGUACAGAUGAGGAGAAACUCAUGGCAAGACGGAGUGCAGGGGACCAACUGUCCAAUUUUGCCGGGGCAAAACUGGACCUAUAGCUUUCAGGUGAAGGAUCAAAUUGGUAGCUUCUUUUACUUCCCGUCCCUUCUCCUUCAAAAUGCGGCGGGUGGUUAUGGUCCUAUUCGGGUGAACAACCGGGAGAUAAUUGCUGUUCCAUUUCCUCAGCCGCGUGCCGAAUUUGACGUUCUUAUUGGGGAUUGGUACAAUGCAGACCAUCAAGAUAUGAGGGCUAAACUGGACAGUGGGGAUUUGUUGUAUUUGCCAGAUGGAAUUCUUAUCAAUGGGCUCGGACCCAACCAGACAACUUUUGACUUCGAGCCAGGGGCAACGUACAGGCUAAGAAUUUCAAACGUAGGACUUAAAACCACAUUAAACUUCAGAAUUCAGGGCCACCAAAUGCAGCUGGUGGAGACCGAAGGAUCUUACACUGCCAAGAGAUACCACGACAAUCUGGAUAUCCACGUGGGCCAAUCAUAUUCGGUCUUAGUCACUGCACGUAAGAACCAGUCCUCCGACGGCACCUCCUACUACAUGGUCGCCUCUGCUCGUUUCAUUCCGGUGGAACUUUUCGGUGUCGGUAUCAUUCGAUACUCCGGGUUUCGAGGGGUGCCCCUCGGCCCAAUUCCUACGGGGCCCAUGUCAUACGAUUACAUGUACUCUGUCGAGCAAGCUAAGUCCAUAAGGUGGGAUUUAGAAGUUGGAGCAGCUAGGCCAAAUCCACAGGGUUCCUUCCAUUACGGCAACAUUCCCAUCAAUCGUACACUGAUUCUUAGCAAUGGUGUGGGGUUAAUUAACAAUACAAUUCGGUUUACGGUCAAUCAAAUCUCAUUUUCGUACCCCGAUACGCCUUUGAAGUUAGCAGAUUAUUUCCAACUUAGUAAUGUAUUUAAGCCUGAAUUCUUUCCAAACACACCGGAUUAUCGCCGCCCCGAAUUGGGCAUUUCGGUAAUUGAUGUGGUACGGCGUGAGUAUGUCGAAGUGAUUUUUCAGAACAAUAUGAGAUUCAUCCAAACGUGGCAUGCUGAUGGGUACAAUUUCUUCGUUGUUGGAAUGGGACUUGGGAUGUGGGAUGAGAGCAAGAUGGCAACGUAUAACAUGGUCGAUGCCAUUUCUCGCUCCACGGUCCAGGUGUAUCCGUUGUCAUGGACUGCAAUACUGAUAAACUUGGACAAUCAAGGAAUGUGGAAUUUGAGAUCACAGAAUGCAGAGAGUAGAUACCUUGGGCAAGAGCUCUACUUUAGAGUCAAGGGUGUUGGCGAAAAUGACCCUUCAACCAUAUCUCCAAGGGAUGAAUUUCCUAUUCCCGAAAAUGUCAUUAGAUGUGGAAGAGCAAUUUCGGCAUAGUCCCCCUCCCCAACUCCCUUCAAAUUAUAUACUUGCUCAUCUAGGUAUAGAGUCAGUCA